ACACAGGAGGUGGACUGAGCGGAGCUGGGGGGCGCUCUGUUCUGCUCAGAGCAGGACGCAGGAGACGGUCGCUCUCCAAGGUUCUGAAAGUCGGGAGCGCUCCUUCCUCAGUCUCGCCUGCUGGCGAUUAGUGCAAACCUCAACUGUAAAAUCCUCUAAUGACUGCCUUCAUUCAGAAGUGCUUUGCUUUUUUCCCCCUUUUUUGCACAAUCUUUCGUCUUAGUCAUAGUGGAUUUUUGUUUUACAAUGCAACCGCUGGAUGUACGCUCGCAUAUAUGCGCAACAAGACCGACAGCCGCUGACCAACCUGCAUCAUUUGGAUAUACUGACUAUACUCUGGAUUCCCAAGGAACGCUAUACGGCGGAUUUUAAGCAGUUUUCUCUUUCCUUUUAUGUAGCUCUGUGCGUCCGUGCCGCAUGCUGUUGGACGUGAACUGCGAUAUUGUCUCAGAAAGGUGAGUCGUAUGAGGGUAAUGAUGGCACAGACCUACUUUUUCGUGAAUGUCACCGUCUUUGCAUUUGCAAAGAGCGAAGAAAAAAAGGCUGAUCACUACUUGCUUUUGAACCCAUAAUCCACGAGGAAGGAGGGGAACAAUAGUGUUACGGGGAACCUUGUGAAUCUAAUGUGUGGAUGAGAGUGAAGUUUCCAAUGGGCAAGGCGACUAUCUGAGAUCUGUUCCAGCAAUCCGUGCUCUGGAUUUUCUUGGCUUCACACAAAGAGGAUAUCAAGAUAAAAAAAAAAAAACACGAACAUCCCUUUCGGAUACACGAUGACAGCAGUGAUAACGAUGAUAGCAAUGAUAAAGACCUGGUCGGACCCGGAGAGAAUACCCGGAGCUUAGAGAUGACAUCCACGCAGUCGUGUUGAAUGUGGAUGUUACCGCCGCGGGGAAGGAUGGGCCCUCUCCUCUCGGCCGCCUCCGUCCUCCUCCUGUUUCUCCUCCUGGCCCUGAGCGUCGCGUCUCCGGCCACGGUUGGCAACCCCGAGGAUUACGUCGCCGACGAGGCAGAGCGGACCGCCGCGGAUAACAUCGUCUUUGACGACUACAGGGGAAAAGGGUGCGUGGAUGACAGCGGGUUCGUGUACAAGCUGGGGGAGCGUUUCUAUCCGGGACACUCAAACUGCCCGUGCGUUUGCACGGAGGACGGGCCCGUGUGCGACCAGCCCGAGUGCCCGAAACUGCACCCGAAGUGCACGAAAGUAGAGCACAAUGGAUGCUGCCCCGAGUGCAAGGAGGUUAAAAACUUUUGCGAGUACCGAGGGAAAACGUACAAAAUCCUGGAAGAAUUCAAGCCGUCACCCUGUGAAUGGUGCCGCUGUGAACCAAAUAACGAGGUACACUGUGUGGUGUCCGACUGCGCUGUCCCAGAGUGUGUCAACCCUGUUUAUGAGCCGGAGCAGUGCUGUCCCAUCUGUAAACACGGUCCAAAUUGCUUUGCCGGAACGACGAUCAUCCCAGCCGGAAAGGAAGUAAAGGUGGACGACUGCACCAUCUGCCGCUGCCACAACGGAGACUGGUGGAAGCCGGCGCAGUGCUUGCGGCGGGAAUGUCUCAACGGCCAGUCUUCAUAAAGAGAGACUCCACUGCGGAUGGUGAAUAAACUCAGGCGAAGCUCUGCCUACUGCGCCAUUUUAUAUGAUUGACAGGGCAUGAGCACAAUUCCUACAAAAAAAACAAAAAGAGUAAAAAGAAAACGAGAGAGUGUAGAAUUAAAGAGAUGCUCUCACGAACUUCACACAAAUACAAAAUUUUUGCCAGUGAGAAGAUAAUGGAACUUGUCUCACGGCUGUUCCCGCCCUGCAGUUUUACUCGGCCUAUAUAUUUUCAAAAGUUGACUCUGCUGCUUUCUCUCAGAAACUUUCUAAGCUUCUUGAACUCUUUCCUAUCCACCGGCAAUGUUGAACUGCUCAUGUCAAGUUUCUGUAUGUAUGUCAUCAGCUUGUUGUUACUAUAUGUUCUUCACGGCCACGCUGGUGUUGUAAAGUUCGAACAGCAAGAAAAAGAAAAAAAGAAGAAAAAAAUUUAAAGCACACUUUACUGAGCUUUUUUAUGUUCUCCUGGUUAUACUAGGAUUACCACUGCAGAUAAACUUGAGCUCCCCAACUUCCCUCCGAGAGCUUGUUUACAAAAGGCACAUUAACGUUUGUCUUCAUAAGACUUUUUAAAAUCAAUGUGGCUGUUGCUUAUCUCUACCCUGCCAUUGUCAUAUUUCAUAAACCAUAAAAAUCCUAAAAAACAGUUAUCUUUCUUUAUAAGUAUCCCAUUACUUUGUGCCAUGUCUCUGUGUAAGAGCAGCACAAACUGAGGAGGUCAGCAUUACCACGUGUAGCUGAGGCGCAAGCAAGAUGGCAGCCACUGCAGCCCUUUUGAUGAGCAGAAACUACAGCCCUUCCUGACCAACUGGUUUCUUUGUUUGUUUUUUGUUCUCCGAGAUCCAGAUCUGCCAACUAACUAGCUGCUUGAACUUGUUAUCAAAGCACGUAGUGAGCCAAGAGCAGCCUGCUUUAAUUUUCCUUAAUCAGGAGUAUUCUGUAAUAAAUCAUCCAGCUGGGUGCUUGGCAAAGCCUGCUUGCUGGGCACAUUUAGCACGAACCGGCACACAAAGGGGGGAAUCUGCACAUGGUGAAGCGCUUUUAGGCAGCAUUCACAAGUGUGAUGUCCAUGUGACGAUACAGCCGUGUCAUUCUUCCACUGUCUCAAGACAGUUUGUCGCUCUGCACUCACUGAGGCGCAUAAACCACAUGCAUAAGGCGAGCUAAGAUACAGAGCUCUAAAAUGUAACACUGAUUAUGUCACAGAUUUUCACUCCGCUCUCUCUUUUAUGCACCAGAAUGUCUAAGGCAGUGUAGAGCAGCUGUGUGCCCAUCGCAAUAAUAAACAUCAAGGCAAAUAUAUUGAAGCACCUUACCAAGCACCAUAAACAUAAAAUCUUUCACUUGAUAAAUACUACUCAUUAAUCCAAAGGUGAUUUUCCAUAUGCUCCCGCCAUUUAUCACAAGGAUUUUUUUCCCCGCGUUUCAAGAAAAUCUGUUUCCGUUAACCUUUUAAACCCCAUUCCUGUGCAGUGAUGGAUGAGUUGCUUAAUAGCAGCUUCUAGCCCUCUGUAAUGAGACAGCAAUGAACAGAGGAUUAAAGACCUGUGACUAAAGAGGUAUGUCACCUUAAAAGGCAUUAAAACUAAUUUUAGAAGGAUCCCAAAGUAUGGAUAUCUGCUGCAUGUCUUGAAAAGUAAAUUGGGUAAAGUUCAGUUUUAAAGAGGCUGUUUGAAAAUUAUGUUAAAAGGUUUUAAGCAGUUAAUGUCUUACCAAUAGCAAAUAAAUAUCUUUGUAUCGUCAUUUAGUGUAAACCCAUAUUAUUCGGUCACAGAGACUGAAGUUAACAAGAGACCCAAGAUCAAAUUAUAUCACCUUCUUAUAACAAUUCUCAAAAAACUCAUUGAAGUUUAUGUAAAUGUUAUUUUAUGAAGCUUUAAAUUGUUAUCAUCAUCAUUCUUGCAUUAUAUGGUUAUUUUCACAAAGGCCAAUGAGUAUUGAUGCAGGAAAUAAAGGAAGGAGAUUUUGUACCACCAAUAAUGUUCCUACAUGAAAUGUAAUGAAACAAAAUUAUUUCUGGUCUGAGUAAUUACUUAAUAGUAAAGUAAGUCCUGUAAAGAUUUAUGUAAAAAUGUUCACUUAAAUUUAUGUCUUUGAUUUUUACCGUAGUUUUUAAUGUUUUACAAAAUAGCACUUACAGAAAUUACUAUAAUGGUGAAGUUGCUUUAGUGUUGGCCUGUCGUGUACUAGCCAUUACCUUGAGCCUUUCUGACCAACCAAUCUGGGUUUACACUAAGUGAAGUUAAGAAGCGUUAUCUACGGUAGGUAAGAUUUCUGCUCAUAACCCAGUAAAAUAACCCUAUUUCAAAAAUCCAGGGUUAUCAACUUAAACAGAUAAGAGAUUUUAGGUAAGAUUCUUUGAAGAGAUCAUCAGACUUCCACUGUAAUAGCCCAAAAAAAUAUUGCAGUGAUUUUGCUGCAAAAUUAUAAUUCCUCGGUCAUGGCAAGCCAACAGCUCUUCAAACAACCUAUAGUGUCUUCACCUACUGCAAAACAAUAAAAUUUAAUUAGGUGGAGUCAAUAAUAUUACCUUCAAAAAAAGGAAAAGGAAAAU